AUGUCAACAUAUCUCAUAACCGGCACAUCCCGCGGCCUGGGCCUCGCCCUGGUGCGCCACCUCGCCAAUCUCCCCAGUUCCUCUGUAGGAACCAUCUUCGCAACAUCCCGCUCAGAACACCCAAGCCUCCAGGAACUCAGCCAACAAUCAGACCGGAUCCAAUGGGUCAAAUGCGAUGUUACCGACGCAGAAAGCAUCCAGGAUGCAGCCAGGACAGUGCAGAGUAAGCUACAGGGAAAAGGGCUGGAUACAAACGUCAACGGCGUCCAUAAUGUCACCCGGGAAUUUCUCCCUCUACUUCGCGAAGGACGGAGGAAACUCGUUGUUAAUAUAUCGUCAACGCUUGGCUCAAUGACUCUCGCUCCAGUCUACAAAAGCGCGCCAACACCAGCGUACAAAAUCAGCAAAGCAGCAUUGAGCAUGUUGACGGUGCAGUACGCGCAGGAUUACGAAAGCGAGGGCUUCACCUUUCUCGCUGUGAGUCCUGGUUGGCUCCAAACAGAUGCGGGAGGAUCGAGAGCCGAUCUCCCCCCUGCGACCGGGGCAAAGGCAGUCCUCGAUAUCAUACAGAAGGCAACUCCGUCUCAGAAUGGAAAGUUUCUGAAUAUCCAUGUGCCUGGAUGGGAGGAGAAUAAGGGAUUGAAUCAGUAUGAUGGCAAGGAGGUGCCGUGGUAA